GACUUGAGAAUUCCAUUGUGGAAAAACCAGAGUGCUAUGUUCCACUUUGAUUGUCGUGGCUUUCAAGUUGUAGAAAAUGACACUCAUUAGUAGCCUUGUUCCACUCUCCCUGAGGAUUUAAGUUGUGGAAUAAUAAUUGAAAAAUACAUAACUUGAUCAUUAAUUCAUCAAACACUUGUAAUUCCAAUGGCUAUAUCAUGCACUUGCAUUAUUAUUUUGAUGUUAGUGCCACUUGUCUUUGUUGGCAUCAUCACCGAUGCUGGAACUCACAAAUUGUCACCCUUGGAUCAAGAAGCCAAUGCUUUGCUUUCAAUUAGUAAAGAGUUGUGGAGUAACCAACAUAAUAAUGUCUCAAACCGUUGCAACUGGCCCGGAGUCAACUGCAACAAAGCUGGAAGUAUAACAUUGCUUUCACCUCCAACUCCAAGUUAUUUCACCCACGAGUUCAGAACACAACUCUGCUUAUUGAAACUAAACUUUUCAGUGUUUCAAAAUCUAGUCCAUCUAGAUCUCAGUGAAAUGGGGUUAUGUGAGUUCCCUAAACUAAGUGGUCUCAAGAAGCUACAACAUCUCAACCUAUCAUACAACUAUUUAGAAGGUGAGCUUCCUUUUACAUUAUUGGAAAAUCUAACUCAACUUCUUGUGUUGGACUUGAGUGCCAACAAGUUCUUUGGAAGCAUUUCAUUGAUUUUUGGUCAAAUGAGCAGUCUCACACACAUGAACCUUUCCAACAAUCUACUAUUUGGCGAGGUUCCUUUCACAUUAGCAAAUCUAACUCAACUUCUUGUGUUGGACCUUUCCCAAAACGAACUUAGUGGCUUCAUUCCUGAUGAAAUAGGGAAAUUAACAAAUUUAUUAACCUUAGACCUGAGUUCAAAUUUCCUGUCUGGUCCAAUUCCUGAGCAAAUUGGGUACUUGAAGCGUUUGACAAGUCUCCACCUUCAUUCAAAUUUGCUUAGUGGUUUCAUUCCUGAUGAAAUAGGGAAAUUAACAAAUUUAUUAACAUUAGACCUGAGUUCAAAUUCCCUAUCUGGUCCAGUUCCUGAUGAAAUAGGGAAAUUAACAAAUUUAUUAACCUUAAACCUGAGUUCAAAUUCCUUGUCUGGUCCAAUUCCUGAACAAAUCGAGUACUUGACCCGUUUGGAAGUGCUCACCAUCGGAUCCAACAGGAUAGAUGGUUGUAUCCCCAAAGAAAUAGAGCAUUUGUUGCAUCUAAAAGUUUUAGAUCUGUCUGGUAAUGCAAUUUCUGGUGUUAUCCCAUCUGCUAUCUUUAUUCACUCUAGUUAUAUUGACCUAAGCAAUAACAGUUUAAGUGGAACCAUUCCUUCUCAAAUUGGAAACCUUUCAUAUUUAGACCUUCAUUACAAUAAUCUUUGUAUCAAAAAUAGACAGGAACUUGAGUUUGCUAUUCCAUUCUGUUAUCUGGAUUACAAUCCCUUUCUUGACUAUUAUGAAUGCGAUGAUCAUUUAAACGACCAUCAUAAUAAGCAUUUUGGCCGAUCACUGGUUUUGGUCAUAAUCCUGGUCUGCGUUACCAUUUCAUUGGGUUCUGUUGGGAUUGGAAUAUGCAUUUUCCGUGCCAGGCAUCAUGGCAAGCUUGAAAAUAAGGCCGCAAAAAAUGGAGAUUUGUUCUCAAUUUGGAACUAUGAUGGCAAAAUUGCAUUUGAGGACAUCAUUGAAGCCACAGAGGACUUUGACAUCAGAUAUUGCAUUGGAACCGGUGCUUAUGGUAGCGUCUACGAAGCGCGACUUCCAAGUGGCAAAACUGUUGCAUUGAAGAAGCUUCACAAAACAGAAUCAGAAAAUCCAUCCUAUUACAAGAGCUUCUGCAAUGAAGUUGAGGUCUUGACAGAGAUUCGCCACCGGAACAUCAUUAGGCUUUAUGGCUAUUGUUUGCAUAACAGAUGCAUGUUUUUGGUGUAUGAAUACUUGGAAAGAGGAAGCUUGUUCUGUAACUUGGCCGAUGAGAUGGAAGCACAAGAGUUGAAGUGGAGCAAGAGGGUGAAUAUCAUCAAAGGGACCGCUUAUGCUCUUGCUCACAUGCAUCAUCACUGUCCUUCUCCUAUUGUUCAUAGAGAUGUCAGCAGCAACAAUGUUCUGCUGAAUUCAGAGUUAGAAGCUUGUGUCUCAGAUUUCGGCACAGCGAGACUUCUUGAUCCUGAUUCAUCUAACCAAACUCUUUUAGUUGGCACUUAUGGAUAUAUUGCUCCAGAACUGGCAUACACCAUGAGUGUGACUACAAAAUGUGAUGUUUAUAGUUUCGGAGUGGUGGCAUUAGAAACAAUGAUGGGUCAUCACCCAGGAGAAUUCAUGUCCACUAUGUCAAAACCAUCUACUCAACAAUUAUUGGUGAAAGAUGUGUUGGAUCCGCGGAUUCCACUUCCGAAAUCUCGGAAAGAUAUGCAAGAUGUUGUGCUUGUUGUAAAGCUAGCAUUAGCAUGCCUCUCCUCUGACCCAAAAUCCAGACCAUCAAUGUAGGAUGUGGCUAAUGAGUUUUCAGCUUCCAAGGCUUCCACGAAUUUGUCUUUCUAUGAUGUCUCAAUCUACCAAUUGAUGCAAUAUCAAGUACAUGUCAUAUGAUUGAAUUUUAUCAGCAUAUAAAUGCAAGAUUGAAGGUUGUAACUUUUAGUGAAUCACAAAAUAAUGCAAGACUGAAUUUUAAGCAUAUAACUAUGACAUCCCUCAAUGUUCUAAUUAUAUAGAAAGGAAAAAUAUU